GUUCUUGUAGUUUUUCUUGGAAAAAAGUACCAGCGCGUCUUUCAUCUGGUAAAAGUAACCAGGCUUGUUAGAGAAAAAUGACAUUCAUGACACCCGGUCGCACUUUCGUUACGUGCGCCACGUGGUCACGGGGAGCACAAUUCCCGAUGUUCCUCUCCGCGCUCGCCAGCAUGUUGUUGACGAGCAGGUUCACAGGCACUUCUGCGAAAAUGUCCGUGCUUCUGGACGACCAGGGAGCCAUGUCGUGGUCGACGUCAACUUCCUCGGGCGACAGCGAAGACCUUCCCGGCGUCCCGCGAUCCUUCGUGCAGAAGCGGCGCUACCGUGCGGAGGGUGAAGCGGGAGAUGUUGCAGACGAGGAAGGAACCGCACCAGCUGACGCACAAGGAGCUGUACUCAACGAACAAAACUGGUAUAGAAGAAAGCCAGAGACUCACUUUCACUUUAUCUGUUUUCUGUACGUUUCUACUGGCGUGCGUCUUUCUUGCAUGAAGACGCAAUUAGGCACGCGGCAUUCAUUUUUUGUAGCGGCAAACCGCUGUUCCUCUUACUUGUGUCACUUUGAAACAGACUUCUCGAUAUAGUUCGUGGGCUAGCAGAAGAUUUGCAGCUGUGCGGCCGCGAAUAAAACUAAGGACGCAUCGUGGUGCAUAGCUGCGAAAAAAACAAGAGGCACUACUAAUACUGACUUUAAAACAAGGUUUCUGGAUGCUAGCCCGGAGGACAUUCGCGCCCUUUGCCCGCUCGAGGACUGCAAGUCAUUGACGCUGGAUGACGGGAAGGCAAAAAAUUUGAAGGAGGUGACAGUGAAGACACUUCUGGAAAAAACGCACCCGAAGUGUGCUGCCGAGUUCGCGGAUUAUUUGGUGCCGCCCAAUGCCAACGAGAACGAAAACGAUGUAGCCGCGAUGGCGGAGAAUCGGGAGCAGAAGGACCAGUGCCUCUACGUGGAAGGCUUCCACUUGGCCCCGCAAACAGGAAGAACUGCUUUUUGGAAGGGCGCCACGCCGACGGAGCGCACCGCGACCAUGCGGUUCUUCGCGCAGUACUUUGACAAGAUCGAGCCCGCCGUGAAGCUGCCGAUGAUCGCGUGGCACAAGGAGCGGAUGCUGGAUGAAAGCUUUGCGAAACUGGUGGACGCCGACUGCCGUAACCACGUACUGAUUUUCGAAGAUGCCGGGCCGGUUUUGCACAAGAUGGUCCAGAACUACGGCGAGCCCAUGUCUGACGCCCCCGAUGCACCAGACUUUCUGCCCAUCCGCCAAGAGCUGCAGAAAUUCAAGAGCAAGCUGCGCGUCCCGUCGCAGGCGAGCCUGGUGGCGCAGUUCCGCACCAUGAGCGAGGCCCCCGCCGCCCGGUUCGACUACAACGAGACGACCGCCCGGGCCACCGUGACACUGCCCUACCCGCCGGAAGACGCGGGCAACCCGAGUGAGCCGAUUUGCUUCCCCACCUACGAGAUCCAGCUCGCGGAACCGCAGAACCGCGCCUCCAUCGCCGUGGGGCACCCCAUGAGGUUGGUGGACAAAAGUACGUGCGGCGGCGACACGCAAAUUUUUCCGGCCCCGGAGAACGCCUUCGCAAAGGUCCUGCGGUCCGGCGUGGAGGGGAAAUUCGAGGCGGAGGCUGCCUACGUCGAGAGUGCGAACAUUUUUGGUCUCACUACCGCCGGGAAAAAGUAUUUGCUGGACAACAUGGUGUACUCUUCGCGCGACGAGUUCGAUUUCUCCGGCGAAAAGGAGGCCUACGAGAUGGGCCGGCACCGCUACAAUAUGGCCUCCUCAGGUGAAGAUAUUACACUCGACGUCUCAACUGCUACAUGCUGGCCAAUCCAUUUGUCAUUUAAAAUCUGCGCGACGUCGUGUUUUCCCGUUCUCAUAUAGCUUCGCAUCACAAAAAAUCUGAGAUAGAGAUGGAUGCCUCAAAUACAUAGCAUCAAGAUUUUUCCAAAACUUGUCAUGCGAACGGCACAGCGUGUGCGUGUCAGUGUCUCCCUUUGCUGCAGCUCUAGCUGGUGUGCCACAAUAAAAAACGUUGGCGGGUAUGUAACUACAGCUGACAGAAUGAUGUAAAAAGCAACUGAGGAGGCCAUAUACAAGUCGCACGCCUUUCACAAGAGCGACAAACUCCACCGGGAUAAACCGCUGCACAUCACCGUGCCCGAAGUGCUUCUCAACUCCUCCGCGGUGCUGGUGCUGGGCCGGGCGCGCGGCGACACCUAUUUCAACCUUCGCAACCGUCAGCUCGCGGCCACCACCGAAGACCGCACGCAGUCCACUACCCCGCCAGCCAAGACCGUGGACACCGUAACCGACUGGCCGGACGCCAUGGCGGCGUACCUGGCGGCGUUCAAACUGUGGCAGCGGCAGGCCUGCCCAACUGGCAACGAGAGGUCGGGCUUCCUGCACGGCGACCCGCACCUUGGAAACAUUCUGUGGGCCGACGGAAAGGACCUCGACGGUGGGGACGACGCGAGGUACACGGGCGAGUUUUCCUUCAUCGACUUCGGUAUCUCGGCGGAUUUGCCACCGCGUUUCUACCUCUGUGCGCGCAUCAUGCGGCUUUCUAUCGCGUUUCUGGAGGGCACGCUGCUGCGAAAACCCGACGGGUCGCCGGACGAGGAGGCGCGCUGGAACCUGUGGCGGGAGAAAGUCGAGCCCAACCUGGGUACGAAGUUCCUGGCCGUGUCGCCGAACCCAACCGAGAACGACCCGGCAGUCUGGCAGGAACGAAAGAAGGCAGUGGUGGCAAGUGUGUUCGCGGAGGCAGACAAGGGGCUCCGGAAGUGGCUCGACUUUCACCAGCCAGGAGGUGCAGCAAGCUCGUUUUUGUCCCAGCAGUUUUUCCAUGAUACGGAAGACACCAACGCGACUAUGGGUCAAGUUUCUUUUGUUCAGUAUGAACAUCAAACUCUGCAGCUGGAGCGCGAGCAGCAGCUCCAGGCGAGUAGUGGAGCAAAAAAUACUGGUGCGGCGCCGACUUCUUUGUCCAUGAUGUCCUCUAGUACUUUCGCUACGUACGACGACGAGAAGAGCAGGAGCAGCAGUUCAUCCUUCCUCGCUACCUCGGAACGUGAAGUGUCGCGCACUGCUGCGGCGGACCGCAACGAAGAAAAGCAGGCAGCGCCUGGUGUUAGUCCUUUGUUUCCGCUGCUGCAGUUCGAAGACUUCUUUCUCUUUGGAGAGGACCAGGGGAUGUCGAAGAUCAGUUCCGGUUCCUCGUUUCUGCAUGCAGGAGUCACGACCUCGACGACGACCACCACCACCACUCUUCCGAACCUGGUCGCGGAAGUGCAGCUUGCGGCCUUCGGAAUUGUGAUGAAAAAUUACGACCAGUUCGAGCAGUUCGCCGAGUUCCUGAAGUGGUCCACCGCCUUCACGAAGCGGUGGAUUACCGGCUACCUGAACUUGCAGCACUCAAUGCUGUACGCGUUCGGGAAAGAAAGUGAGGUCUUCAGGAAGGCUUUUCCUAGGCCAGGGGCGGAGCUAAUCCUGGACUUGUACAUCGAGGUACUCACGUAUCCAGGAGGAAAGCUGUGUUAAUAGUGUACUCUGUUCGAUCAGCAGCGUCUUCACGGAUGACACAGAAGGUUUGCCAUGGGCCAUGGGCAUCUAUCGGACGGUCACGACCGGACGACACCCACGGCACUAGUGCAAGUAGAUAUGAAAAGAGAGUCUGACGGAAAGGCGAUACCACAACAAGCUCGACUGAUGUCUUGCAUUUUCUACAGCACAGACUUACUUACUUUCAUUAGUCUUUCUUGCACUUUUUACACACUUUUUUCUUGGAUAAGACGUCGUCCGCCGAAGAAACCAUGUCGCCGCCCGGGGAGUUUGCGCGCAUAGCGCAUCGAAUGAAGGAGGUCCUAUGCAUUGCAAUAGUAUCGCACUAGGUCGUAGUGGUGGUACGAGAAACUGCAUUUACGAAUUUCUUCAGAAGGAGGAAGGUUCAACUUGUAAUGCUGAACUUCUAGGUGGGGACCCGACUGAAGAUAUGGUGAAACCAGACCUGUCAUGCUGUACAGCAAUUAGUACGAAGAGUGCGAUACUUUUGCCGAGAAUAGGUCCUGCCGGACAAAGACGUGGCCGUGUUCCGGGAGCAGUUCCUCGAACCCAUGGUACUGAAGAAAUUCGACCACCUCGAUCCGGAUUCAUGGAGGAUGGGAAUGAUCCGCAAGGCAGUCAAAUUUGUUGGCGUCGAGAACAUUUUUAUCGCAAGAAAAAACUGUUUCACUGUAAAGUUUUUGUAAUGUUGCAGAUGUUAGAAAGUGAACGACCUCAGUGAAAAACCUUUUUCGUGCGAUAAUUUUCACCCUGGGCGACAAGGCAGCGUCCGUCGGCAACAGGCUUGCGUCCGCCAAGGCAUGGCUAAUGGAAAAGUAUCAGUCUGGGGUCGACGAGAUCCGGAAGGCGUGGGGGGCGAUGCGUGGAAGUGGUGGUGGUGCGGCUACUUCCGAGGAAAAGUAAAACACAAGAAAAGAAGAAGGACGGAGGGAAAGUGUCGGGGGUAAACUAAAAACUACGCCCAUCGCCAUCACCUGAACAAUUUAAAGAGAUGAUGCAGAGAGUUGUACCACUACCUUGUUUCUCAAUUAUUAUGUUUCCAUCUAACUUUGAGUUUGACUUUCACUUACGUUCAAAAUUUUUGCAGCAUCAGCAGAAAUAAAUCAUCACUCUCGUACCAACAAAGGUGCACAUCACGAUCAGUCGGAAGUACUCACACCGUGUCACAAAUUCAUAUCGAAUUUGAAGGAGAGCAGUUUGAGUUAUGAAUAUCGCGGUUUGAUAGAUAAUACCUUUGAAAUAAUACCUGUAUGAUGGUGUAGACUAGAUGUCUUGGUUGACGAGUACGGCAGGACUACAACUUCGCUUGUGUACUUGUAUAUGAACAAAGGGCAAAAAUGGACUGUACAGUAAUCAAAGGUUAAAUUAUGGCACAAG